GCCGCUGCCGCUCCUGCAGCCGCGGCCGCUGCCAGUGCCGCGAGCUCCAUGGGCUUCUCCUGGGCGCCGCCGCGUGUCUGGCCGAGUCCAGGGAGCCGCGGCGCCUCGUGUCCGGGAGCCAUCGCUGCAGCCCGAGUGUCCGUGCCAGGUCGGGGGCUGCAGGGCCCGGCCAGGGCAGCGGGCGCAGGAGCCCCACCGGGGGCCUGGGACUGGGGAAUUGCCUCCGGCUUCAUGAUGCCAGGAUGGACAGAGUAGCUUAUGAUGCUUAUCCCCGCCCACCACUUUCGAGACAUUGAGCGGAAGCCGGAAUACCUCCAGCCGGAGAAGUGCGUCCCGCCUCCCCCGCCCAGCCCCGUGGGAACCAUGUGGUUCAUCCGCGACGGCUGUGGCAUCGCCUGUGCCAUUGUCACCUGGUUUCUGGUCCUCUACGCGGAGUUUGUGGUCCUCUUUGUCAUGCUGAUUCCAUCCCGAGACUACGCCUACAGCAUCAUCAACGGGAUUGUGUUCAACCUGCUGGCCUUCCUGGCUCUGGCCUCUCACUGCCGAGCCAUGCUGACGGACCCCGGAGCUGUACCCAAAGGAAAUGCCACGAAGGAAUUCAUCGAGAGUUUACAGCUGAAGCCCGGGCAGGUGGUGUACAAGUGUCCCAAAUGCUGCAGUAUCAAGCCCGACCGAGCCCAUCACUGCAGUGUCUGUAAGCGCUGCAUCCGGAAGAUGGACCACCACUGUCCCUGGGUCAACAACUGUGUCGGGGAGAACAACCAGAAGUACUUCGUCCUGUUUACAAUGUACAUAGCUCUCAUUUCCCUGCACGCCCUCAUCAUGGUGGGAUUCCACUUCCUGCACUGCUUUGAAGAAGAUUGGACAAAGUGCAGCUCCUUCUCUCCCCCCACCACCGUCAUCCUCCUCAUCCUGCUGUGCUUCGAGGGGCUGCUCUUCCUCAUCUUCACAUCGGUGAUGUUCGGGACCCAGGUGCACUCCAUCUGCACGGACGAGACGGGAAUAGAACAGUUGAAAAAGGAAGAGAGAAGAUGGGCUAAAAAAACAAAAUGGAUGAACAUGAAAGCCGUUUUCGGCCACCCCUUCUCUCUAGGCUGGGCCAGCCCCUUUGCCACGCCAGACCAAGGGAAAGCAGACCCGUACCAGUACGUGGUCUGAAGGAGCCCACCAGCCUCGCCAUUCAGACAGACCCCACCGCAGCGCUCCGCUCCGCCUGUCCUCGCAGGCGGCUACCCGAAAAACAAACAAACAAACAAAACGAACUGCUCUCCAAAACUUUUUUUAUGUCUCAACAUGGCUGAGCAUUGCAGAGAAAAAACAAACAAAACAGGCCCCAUGUUUUAUUUUUUAAAGAUUGUCCUUCCUAUUUUUUUGGUGACUGAAGCUGCUCUUCUUUUUUUCCCUCUUUUUUACAAAUCCCUCCUCUGGCCUCUGGUUUCCUCUCUGCUCUCCUGUCCGGCAUGACUAACGUGGAGGGGGGCCUGUCCCCCGGGUCGCACCCACGGCUACUAACUGAGCAAGACACAGUGCCUGGUGGGGGCCGCGGCCUCCCCCUCCUUGAAGGCGGGCGGGCAGCACGGAGAACCUCAUCGAAGAUGGAUGCUUCCCCCCUGCUUGAGACCGGAGGGGGCAGGAGCAAGGCCCCAUCCUGCACGUGGGCCCUUGACACAGCUGCCUCCUGUCCCUCCAUGGACACAGUUUGCCGCCUAGUGAAAUCGAUUGUUGC